AACGCGAAAGGACAACACGCCAGUGUGUACACACAAAGCGCUCGACAAAAGCCGACAGCCAAACAAUUCAAAGUAACUAUCUGUGUGUGUGUGUGUGUGUGUGUGCGAGUUAGUUGCAAGACAAAGACCGGCAACAACAAAGACAGAGAGAGAGAGAGACAGAGAGAGAGAGUCAAAGCGGAAGUGCAGCCAAGAUUAUAUUGUCAUAGUACAGUAAACAUACCCAGCCAUGGGCACGCCACAUGUCUGCUUUGCGGACGAACUGCAGCAGGAACACCACAACAACAACAACAACAAUGCAGCAGGCAGCACCAACAAAUGGCUGCAGGAGCUGGAGCAGUCGACGAGCAUUUCGCCAACGCCUCGCUACGAGCGCAACAUGGGCUUCUUUCAGCUGCUGAGCCGUCGCUUUGGCCUGAGGUCAAACGAUGACCUAGUUCAUGGUGCAUGCGAUGACGCAGCUGCCGGCACAACAGCAGCGGCAGCAGCAGCGGCAGCUGCACAGGAAGAGGACGCGCACAGUUCAUCGACCGACUCGUACUCAUCGUCCCUGACGGCCAGCCGCGGAUUGGCCGCUGCGCGUCUGGAGCUGACGUCGUGCGCCUCCAGCGAGACCAGCAGCACCAUUGACAUCGAGGAGCAGCAGCAGCAGCAGCAGCAACAACAAAAUAUGGGCAAGCGCAAAUCGUUGAGCCGCACAAGCUUCUCACGACUGCAACGCCGGUCGACAUCGUCGCUGCGGCGCGCCUUUGAGAGCCUUGCGCUAACAUCACGUUCGCUGUCGUGCAGCGGCCCCUCCCCUCCGACGCCGCCGCAGCCGCAGCAGCCGCCGGCGCCGCAGCCAUUGAAGUCUGCUCUGAAAUCGGUAUCGACCGUUGAGCUGCACCAGCGACAGCAGCAGCAGCAGUAUCACAGGGUGGCCUCCAAAUCGGCGAGCAGCUCGAGCGCCUGCUCGACAUCGUCCGCAUCCUCCGCAUCCGCAUCCACGAAGAGCAAGGUAAAGCCGCCACCGCAGCGCAUACUGCGUCAGCCCGUAUCCUAUACAUAUCUAAAGGGCAUGUCCGGUCUGCCGACGCAGCGGGUGCCGCGCAGCUCGGUUUGCUGUCAGUACGCCAGACGCUAGAGAAAACCGCUGGCGAAUCUCGAAAUACGAUUCCAGAACAAUCCGAAAAUAAGCACAGCCACACACCUUUGAUAUCGCUGUUAAAUAUAGUUGAAAAGUAGCUCCAAUUCAUAGUGCCAAAUCCAUGCCCAUUCAUUUCGAGAUCUGUGAUACAAUAAUCUUUUCAUAUCCACACGAAGGAAGUUCACAAAAAAGCUCAUUUCAAACCAACAAAGAAAAACAAGAAAAUAAGGGAAAACCAAAUUUUUGCAAACAAUUGCCAAGACUUAAGCACGCGAAAAACUAGAAACUAGAUAUUAGAUUUUUCCACACACGGCUUUUGAUUAAACAUCCAUAACAAAAGACUGUCGAGGGGGAAGUUUUGAAAAAUAGUAACAAAAAAAAAAAAUUGAUAUUGCGUACAUUUUCUAUUGAUUGGAUAAAUUUUCAGAAAAAAGUUUCGCUUAAUUGAAGUACGCCCAAGUACUAUAUUUGAUUAUAAUAUUAUUGUACAUUCGUGCCUUUAUCCCAUGUGUAGAUCAAAAUUGAAAACAAAAUAAA